AUGAUUGUCUUUGAUUACGACGUUUGUCCAACGUUGAUCUUAGCGGCCAUCUUAGGGGAAGUGUUACGAUUCGCCAUGGGUGUAGAGAAAACCAGGCAGGUAUUUCUAGCUCGUAGAAGAGACAAAGACAAACAAUUUUAUGCUGUCAAGGUUGUCAAGAAGACGGACGUUGUUAAUAAAAAUAUGAUAGAACAAGUUGUAGCUGAAAGGGAUUGCCUGGCAAUUGCAAAGAGUCCUUAUAUUGUGAACUUAUUCUAUUCCUUUCAAUCAAAAGACAGAAUUUUUCUGGUCAUGGAGUACUUAAUUGGAGGAGACUGCAAAUCUUUGUUGCAUAACCUGGGAUAUUUUGAUGAGAACAUGUCAAGAAUUUAUAUAGCACAGGUUGUUCUGGCUUUGGAGUAUCUUCAUAAACAUGGCAUUAUUCACAGAGAUCUCAAACCAGACAACCUCCUAAUCUCCAAUGAAGGGAAAAUCAAGUUGACGGAUUUUGGAUUAUCAAGAUUGACUCUGGAUAAAAAGCCGAGCUUUAUUGAUGUCAUGAGUACGCCAUCUUUGAAUAAAGCUGACAAGACUGGGUCAAAUUUCUUCAGAACUCCAGGCCAAGUGCUAUCACUAACUUCAAAUUUCACAUUCUCCUUGUCUGCAGCGAGGCCAUCACAGAAAUCGAGGCUUAACAGCAGCUGUACAACAUUACACCAACACAUGGAAACCACACCCUUGAGGAAUGGCUCUUCAGUCAGUCGCACCGAAGGAUCCCCCGCAGGGGUAUUGGAACCACCUGGUGGUCAGACCCCUCUUGCUGCAACUGGAGCUCAGGGCACGAAAAAGCGAACCCAAUUCUGUCCCAAAGUCAGCCAAAGAACAUUUCACGUCGAUGACCCUCCUGAAACGCCUCUUGUACCCAAAUUGAUGGCACACAAAAAUGUCAGAAACAGAUCACCUGAAGAGGAGAAUCAAAUGCCAGCUUCAAAACGACCUCGACACACAGGUCUCACCGGUGAAAUAGAUGCGUUAACACUCAAAGGUCUACGAGGAGCCUCGGGAGACGAUUCAUCGAGGUGUCCGUUACAGGAGAUUAGCGCUUGUACACCACAGAGGCCUUUGGACAUAGCUGCUGCUCCGUUAUCGAUGGAUUCUGUAUCCUCUUAUGCACCUGUUUUGAGUUUGUCUGUCAGGCACAACAGCCCAAUGGAAUGUAAAUAUGAAAGCCCUCUCUCGAAGAGCAAUGAAGGGAGCCCGCCAAGCAGGCAGGAAUUUCUCACUCCGUCGAACCCUUCACCUUGUGCACCGUUAAGUCUUACAUUUUCCAGUCCUCGUGAACGAAGUGGGACCAUUCUCGAGUUUUUGAGCGAGAAAGGGCAAGUCACCCCUGCAAAGCAUGAGGGCUCGGAGACAGGACAAGCCAUCAGUACUUUAACACCUUUGACGUCUGUGACACGUAGAAUUGUGUCCCCCGAAGUGCCUUUUACUUCAGGCUAUGCUAGCGGAACGAAUAGCUCGUGUGAAGAAGAAAGUGCAAUCGACCGGGAAUCUCCGGAUAAAGCUUUAAGCGAGUUAUCUAUCGAAGAGAACAACGACCUAGUCAGAAGCGAGAAAUUGGCUCGCGCCUGUGAUUUUGCAGACAGAAUCCACAAUUUUGUUAGGCUGACCAGUGACAAAGCAGAUACAACUGGAAGUUCAGGCUUCAAUGAAAGCCACUGUGAUAACUGGCCAAGUCAAGAUCCAGGUGAAAAGAAAGAGAAAAUUCAGACUCCGAAUAAAGCGAAAAUUGAAAUUUCAGACGAAAUUAUGCAAACAGUUGGUUUGUUGAGAAGGCGUGAGAGUGGGAUCUCAUUACUCCCGCCUUCACCAAGUGUGGUCGACAAAAACGCGCAUCUUGAAACGAUUACUGCCGAUGUUGCGAAAGAAGCUGGUUUGUUAUCGCCAUUUGGCUUACCUUCGAAGGUUGGCCACGCCAUUCCCCGUGAAAGAAGCAUAACAAUUGAAUUCGAAGACAAAGAAGACGUGCGAGAAAUUAAAGUCGAACAAGCAGUGGCUAAAAAGUCUGCCGGAGGCGAGGUUUUUGUGAAUGGUCCUUCGAGUGACCAAAAGCACACUGUCGAGGAAGGGAAUUUAAAUCGCACGCCAGACUCGCAUAUGGACAUAAGCCUGCCCGUUGCUUCCAAUUCGCCCAUGGACGUCACGUUCAAAAGUUGCGCUAGUUCCAAAAGUACACCGGGUCCAAUGGAGGUGUCCCACCAGUGGCACCACACCUCAGCACCUCUCAUGCGUACCCCAUUUCGGACUCCGAAGUCGUGUAGACGAGGAAANGAGGGAGUUCAAUCGAUCGAUGGAACGCUUUCGGAGAACGCUAAGACGAAACAGAAAGAUCUCAAACCAGACAACCUCCUAAUCUCCAAUGAAGGGAAAAUCAAGUUGACGGAUUUUGGGUUAUCAAGAUUGACUCUGGAUAAAAAGCCGAGCUUUAUUGAUGUCAUGAGUACGCCAUCUUUGAAUAAAGCUGACAAGACUGGGUCAAAUUUCUUCAGAACUCCAGGCCAAGUGCUAUCACUAACUUCAAAUUUCACAUUCUCCUUGUCUGCAGCGAGGCCAUCACAGAAAUCGAGGCUUAACAGCAGCUGUACAACAUUACACCAACACAUGGAAACCACACCCUUGAGGAAUGGCUCUUCAGUCAGUCGCACCGAAGGAUCCCCCGCAGGGGUAUUGGAACCACCUGGUGGUCAGACCCCUCUUGCUGCAACUGGAGCUCAGGGCACGAAAAAGCGAACCCAAUUCUGUCCCAAAGUCAGCCAAAGAACAUUUCACGUCGAUGACCCUCCUGAAACGCCUCUUGUACCCAAAUUGAUGGCACACAAAAAUGUCAGAAACAGAUCACCUGAAGAGGAGAAUCAAAUGCCAGCUUCAAAACGACCUCGACACACAGGUCUCACCGGUGAAAUAGAUGCGUUAACACUCAAAGGUCUACGAGGAGCCUCGGGAGACGAUUCAUCGAGGUGUCCGUUACAGGAGAUUAGCGCUUGUACACCACAGAGGCCUUUGGACAUAGCUGCUGCUCCGUUAUCGAUGGAUUCUGUAUCCUCUUAUGCACCUGUUUUGAGUUUGUCUGUCAGGCACAACAGCCCAAUGGAAUGUAAAUAUGAAAGCCCUCUCUCGAAGAGCAAUGAAGGGAGCCCGCCAAGCAGGCAGGAAUUUCUCACUCCGUCGAACCCUUCACCUUGUGCACCGUUAAGUCUUACAUUUUCCAGUCCUCGUGAACGAAGUGGGACCAUUCUCGAGUUUUUGAGCGAGAAAGGGCAAGUCACCCCUGCAAAGCAUGAGGGCUCGGAGACAGGACAAGCCAUCAGUACUUUAACACCUUUGACGUCUGUGACACGUAGAAUUGUGUCCCCCGAAGUGCCUUUUACUUCAGGCUAUGCUAGCGGAACGAAUAGCUCGUGUGAAGAAGAAAGUGCAAUCGACCGGGAAUCUCCGGAUAAAGCUUUAAGCGAGUUAUCUAUCGAAGAGAACAACGACCUAGUCAGAAGCGAGAAAUUGGCUCGCGCCUGUGAUUUUGCAGACAGAAUCCACAAUUUUGUUAGGCUGACCAGUGACAAAGCAGAUACAACUGGAAGUUCAGGCUUCAAUGAAAGCCACUGUGAUAACUGGCCAAGUCAAGAUCCAGGUGAAAAGAAAGAGAAAAUUCAGACUCCGAAUAAAGCGAAAAUUGAAAUUUCAGACGAAAUUAUGCAAACAGUUGGUUUGUUGAGAAGGCGUGAGAGUGGGAUCUCAUUACUCCCGCCUUCACCAAGUGUGGUCGACAAAAACGCGCAUCUUGAAACGAUUACUGCCGAUGUUGCGAAAGAAGCUGGUUUGUUAUCGCCAUUUGGCUUACCUUCGAAGGUUGGCCACGCCAUUCCCCGUGAAAGAAGCAUAACAAUUGAAUUCGAAGACAAAGAAGACGUGCGAGAAAUUAAAGUCGAACAAGCAGUGGCUAAAAAGUCUGCCGGAGGCGAGGUUUUUGUGAAUGGUCCUUCGAGUGACCAAAAGCACACUGUCGAGGAAGGGAAUUUAAAUCGCACGCCAGACUCGCAUAUGGACAUAAGCCUGCCCGUUGCUUCCAAUUCGCCCAUGGACGUCACGUUCAAAAGUUGCGCUAGUUCCAAAAGUACACCGGGUCCAAUGGAGGUGUCCCACCAGUGGCACCACACCUCAGCACCUCUCAUGCGUACCCCAUUUCGGACUCCGAAGUCGUGUAGACGAGGAAAUCGACCUCCAUCCUCACCACCCAAGAAUAGAAUCCUGGGCACGCCUGACUACCUGGCGCCAGAAAUCCUGCUGGGAAACGAGCACACACCAGCAGUGGACUGGUGGUCCCUCGGGGUUUGUCUGUACGAGUUUCUAACAGGAGUGCCGCCGUUUAAUGAUGACACACCAGAACUUGUCUUCAGUCACAUCAUGGAGAGAGAGCUGCUGUGGCCCGAGGGAGAUGAGGCUUUGUCAGAACACGCUGUCGGAGCCGUAGAAAGUAUCCUCAUUCUUCAAGCAGAGCACAGACCAGGUGCAAAAGGUAUUGCCUUGGAAGGGGGACAUAAAAUGUAUUGAUUUCACGUCUAGACUUAGAGCCCAAUUUUCCCAUUAUAUUUCCAUCCC